AUGAUAAUCGGGAAAUAUAGACUUUUUCGUACCAUUGGUGAUGGAUCUUUUGCCACAGUCAAACUAGGUUUUGAUGUGUUCACAAAAGAGCAGGUUGCAGUCAAGAUUAUCAACAAAUGCAUGAUUAAAACUGAAGUCGAUAUGAAUUUACUAAUGCAGGAGGUAGAAGUUAUGAGGAAACUUGAUCAUCCUGGUAUAGUUAAAUUCUAUGACUUUUUAGAAGACGAUGCUGCUUAUUACUUAAUUAUCGAGUAUUGCGGUGGUGGAGAGCUUUUCGAUUUCAUUAUCUCUCGCCAACGCGUCGAAGAAAUCCUUGCAAAAAGAUUAUUCAAACAAAUUCUCCUCGCAGUUAAUUAUAUUCAUUCGCAAAAUAUAGUUCAUAGAGAUUUAAAGCCAGAAAAUCUUUUAUUAACAGAAAACAAUACUGUAAAACUUAUAGACUUUGGAUUAUGUUCUAUUAAUGCAGAUAAGCCCAUGACAAAUAGAUGUGGAUCAGCAUGUUACAUAGCUCCUGAAGCCCUUACGCAGCAAUCAUACAUGGGUCAACCUGCUGAUGUGUGGGCUCUCGGAGUUAUAUUAUAUGCCCUCGUUGAUGGUUCUUUACCUUGGAAUUACGAAGAUCCUGAUAAAAUGUACAAGCAAAUUACUACAGGAUCUUUUGCACCUCCUAAAGAACUUUCUCCUGAAUGUCUUGAUCUUAUUCAGAGAAUUUUUAAUCCAAACCCUGACGAAAGACUGACAAUCCAGCAAAUAUUAGCCCAUCCAUGGUUUUACGGCGUCGGAAAUGUGUUCCCAAUUCCGAAACCUCAGUCAAAAGCCCCAGAAUUUCAUCUUUCGCUUUCAAUGGGUGGCUUCUCAUCGAACAAUUUAAUGAAACCUGUUGGUCCUAAGAACGAUUUGAAAGGCCAACAACCUCUCGAAACGAUUUACGAAGAUGAAGCGCCGGCGCCUCCUCUUAAGAGCAGAUUUAAAGAUAUGCCCGCUCCCAGAUCGAAACCGGUUCAGCCGCGAUCAAUAUCAUUGGGUCUUGGCGAAAUAUCGGAUCCAAUGUCGAAUCCCGACGACGGAGCAAAUACUCAUAGAGGAGCGAUUUUAUCUCAAACAAUUUCACACAGAGAUCCAAACGGCGUUGCUAACAAACUUGAAAAUACAUUAUUAUCACUUGCAAUUCAAUAUACAAGAACUUCAGACUUAGAAUUUAAUAUAUACGCAGGAGAUCUACAAAUUGUCGCAGAAGUUUGUCGCUUAUACGGCUUUAGGAACGUUUACGUUGUUUCCUUUAGUAGACUUCGCGGAGAUUCUUGGUCUUAUACACAGUUUGUUCAAGCAAUCUUGAAUGCUUUCAAAGAUAUGUAA